AAACAAGAAGUUCAUGAAACCGAAUCAGGAGAACAUCACCAAGCCUUACCUUUGGCCAGGGAUCUAUGUGAUUAUGCUACAGAAGAGUCUUAUGAUAUUAGUAGCGUGUCUUGCUCAUAA